AUGGAACGAUUCCUGCUGUUUCUCUCGGUCCUGUUGGUCUCCGCCGCCGCUAAAAACUACAAAAACACCGAAUGGGCAUUCAAGCAGCAGCAUAUUGCAUUUUGGGAUCUCGAGAAGCCGAUUCAGGAGGAAAUCGGCCACUUGUUCGACGACGUGUCUGUUGAUUAUUGAAGAAUCGCUGGACGAUACUCUUUUUUGCAGAUUGUCUCGAUUAUCGGAGCGCGACGUCAGAGUUCCAUCAAAAAUUGCUGUGAAUCGGAUGGAAAACGUCGUUGAUAACACUUUCAUUGAGCCGUUUUUUGUCGGAAACUCGGUAAACAGACGAUGCUGUCGCUUUCCCUAUCAACUAAUCUAUUCAGGACAAAACCAGCGCGUUUUACUACGUGGCACCGCCUCUUGUCAAAUGGUGCUCCAGCUACAGCUCCCGUAGCACUUCUCAGAUGAUUGUGCACAAAAACCGCCGCAUCGCCAUCACUUUCGAUUGUAACAAGAAUGCAGGUACAUUUUUCACCCAUUUUCAACAAUUUAUGCCGAUUUUCAGUACUUCCGUCGCCGCGAACUAUCGUCAAAACGAUGAUUCUCGCCGUGUUCACCGCCGCAUUUGUCUUCGUUGUCAAAUCGAUCCCCUUUGAAUUGUAUCCUCAAAAAAAAGCAAAAUUUGAUAUAAAACCAUUCAUUUUCAGUAUGAUUCUGCAAGCCGCCGGAAAAUGCGACGAUCUACAAGACGACGAAAGCGACAACACGAGCGAGUCGUCGAGCGACAGCCUCAUCGACGACGCCAAUGACAUCGUCGAGCAGACCUCGUUUAUGGAACGGCUCGAGAAGUGGGACGGCUCCAAGAUGGACUCAAUUUACGACUAA